UGUGGUUUGUUUUAUAGAUUUAUAAGGAUAUUAACCCUGUUUUAUUAUUAGAGCACUAAAGGCGAUGUACCGCCGGCACGUCUGGAUCACUGCAUGGCUGCUUCUGAGGACGGCUCAAAGGUAGUUCUGUUCGGAGGCACGGAAGAUGGCAACAUGUACUUCAAUACCAUUUAUAUCCUCGAUGUCAGCAGUGGGAAAUGGAAACAAGGACAAGAAGCACCCGUGGCCCGAACGCGCAUGGCCUGUGCGGUCCACUCGUACCAGUUCAUCGCCUGGGGCGGAUCCAGUGGUGGAAACCGCAAUACCAUGCUCAACAACCUCCCGAUUGUCUAUAACCUCAACGACGACAAAUGGACCGACAACUAUAAUGCGGAUGAGAAGCUCAGACAUAACAACACGGGCGCGAUUAUUGGAGGUCUUUUUGCAGUGCUUGUUAUCGCUGGCGGCGUCGGUGUGUUUGUCAUGAAGAAGCGUCAGCGCCAGAAACACGAGGAGGAAGCCGCGUAUCAGGCAGACGCGAUGGCCGCAGCUGCGAUUUCAGAGGAUCAUGAUAGCAACAUCAAAGUGCUGGCACAGAGUCCGCAGAUGACAUACGGAAACGCGAGCGGCUAUGAAGGCUACGGUAACGAGUACCAGAUGAACAAGAUGGAUAUGAACGGCCACUACCAGAACGGGAGCUACGACGGCGUGGGCCCUGUACACGGAUACCACGAUGGCAUGUCUGGCGCAGGCAUCGUGGGUGACCCCAAUCUGCAGUACUACCACUCGCCCUCCAUGUCCGCUGGCGGAAUGGAAAAGUCACCUGGGGCAUAUUCGCAUCUAUCGCCUGCUAUGCUGUACACAGGAGUCCCUAACACGCCCCAGAUGCAAUCUCCUGCUGUGCUAUACGCGGGAGUCUCUCACACCCCCCAGAUCCAAUCACCUGCCGUGGUAUACCUGCACCAACAACCGGAGGGAAACCCGUUUAUGUCGCCUGAGGAUUACCACCGUCCGCCUCCACAUCUUUCCGCACCCUCAGUAUCAUCCUCGGUGACCUUAAGUCCGAGCCCAUUCAUGACCGCGACGAUGGCCAUGUCUGCCAAAGCGACGGAGUACCAAGCUCCAUCGCAAUCGAACCCAUUCCAAACACCAGUACAACAAUACCAGUCGCCAGUGUGGACCACUGCGACCUAUCAGGCAUACCCAAGUCCUUCGCCUGGAGCUAGAGCUCCACAGGCCAUUCCUGAAACUAAAAACGAAUUCAUAUCAUUGCAUUGCCUAAAAUGAAAAAAAAUGCGCUCAAAGUUGACACGAGUGCAAGGCUUCGAAUUUAGACUCGUGCUGGCAUGCUGCUUCAGCGCA